UUUCCUUGUGACCAGAGCCUACAUGAGUGUGUCAGUGUGUGGAAGGGGUUUUGGUAUGGCGUUGUCAGAGUAAGUCAUGUUACAAGUGGGGAAUAAAUCAUCCCCGUGACCACUUGGUAUCUGAGAGCUGGGAGAUACCAUGUAGCAGGCAGGUGAUUGGACAGCCCAUGCGCUGGCUUGAAAUCUGUACUGCAGUCGCAAACGUCAUGUCUCAUAAUAAAGAAGUUGCUGGUAUUAAAGUAGCUGUCACACCGGGCCAGACGUGGUUAGCGCCUUGUCAUCGCAGUGAGCAGUCGCACAUCCAGCACCCUGUGCCACCUUCCCUCCAGCCAAAAGUAGGAUGUCGCUGUUGCUGCUCUUCCUUGUUCUCCCUACGGCAUCGUCGACGGCGGUCGUUGAGGGUUUUUCACCCCUGAUGAACGCAGACACGCUCAUCUCGAAAUACUCGUCCAGCAGCUCCUUAACUCAGGACGAGUUCCACGCUCUAUUCAGUAGUCUUAAGUUGCAUGUAAAGCAGAAUUUUGGACAGGAUGGGAUCUUGGGAUCGGAGACUGAUGCUGUAAAUGAUGAUGCUUGGUGCCAAACAGUUCUGAACAACACUGCGAAUACCACCUGCGGCCAGGCGAAGUGCGCCCGCAGUGAAGAUGUAUUCAACGCAUACGCUGUGAAUGCCAGCAUCAACUCGUCCUCUCUGUUACACGCGCUUCCUGCUAUUGUCAUUGCCCUAGAAGAGGACCACUGCCGGGCCCAACAGCAUGCCGACACAGAAAAAGAUGAAGGACCUCGGAAACCUACAGACGCAGAAGCAUGGGGUUACGUCGGCGUAGUGCUCACUGUGUGUCUCAUCUCCAACCUCGGGGCUUUCCUCACGCCCUUGAUGAACUCCUCCUUCUUCCAGAAACUGCUGAUGUUUCUUGUGGCCGUUGCGAUAGGCACACAGGCUGGAGCCGGCAUAGUUGUACUUAUACCGGAGUCCAUGCACCUGAUGUACAUCGAGGAGACCAAAGACACGUACCUGUGGAAAGCCUGCUCUGUUCUUGGAGGGAUCGUCUUUGUACUACUGCUUGAGCGAAUCCUGAAGAUAGCAUUUCACCAAAUAAAGUCAGCUAAAGAGAGGACCGUGGCGGAGAUCUCAGUAGAGGUUGGGAGCACUGUCACCAUGAGCACGACCUCGUCGGCAAGCGAGGACACUGACUCCAACAACAGCGACCUGCCUGUUGCUGUGACCACUACCGUGAUUGGGAACGGGGCAAGCAACGGCAACGCACACACGAAGACCAGUGAUGUUGAAGCAGACGCCGGCGGGAAAGUCAAGCAGCAGAUAGCUACCGUGGCUUGGAUGGUCCUUCUUGGGGAUGCUAUACACAAAUUAGUGGAUGGUUUAUCUGUCGGCGCAGCUUUCACAGAAAACAUCACGACAGGUCUCACUUUAGCCAUCUCCAUACUCUGUGAAGAAAUACCCCAUGAGCUAGGUGAUGUUUCCAUCCUGCUUCACUCGGGGAUGACGAUGAAGCAAGCUUUAACCUACAACACAUUGUCAGCCGCCAUGGGCAUUCCAGGAGUCAUAGUGGGCAUCUUUCUAGGCGAGACGACGUCUGCAAACCAGUGGAUAUUUGCAAUAGCAGGAGGCAUAUUUAUUUAUGUGCCCCUCGCUGACAUGAUUCCGGAAAUGGGACACGCUGUUGACAAGGCAUUGAAAGAGGAGACAGGGCCAUCUUUUAUCGAUACUGCAGCUUCUUGGUUUGUGUUUAGGCUUUUGGUAUAA